AGAAAGCCGGAGAGGGUUUUGCAAACGCCUGAAUUGUGCAAAACAAAACAGAAACCCUUUAUAUACUUAUGUACAGCACGACGUAACACAACUCUGUAUCAUUUUUAUUUGUGUGAAACGUCAACCCCCCCCCCCCGCGAAAUCGUUGUGCCCUAUUGUUUUUUAACUUUUCUUCUCCUUCUGCUUUUUUCGGUUUCGCCGUUUCUUCGGUCGUCGCCAAAUUCUUGUGUAGAGAUACCGACAGAAAGCUGUUUUUUUCUGUUUAUAAGAGCUGCCUUGAAAUCGCUCUCACGUUUUGUUGUUGCUGCGCGAGGUGCGUGAACAUCAACAGAAGUUAAACCUCUUCAUUUUUUCCUUCGUUUUUUAAUUAUUUUCUGAUAUGAUACGUAUUCGUUUGAACACCUGUAGAACCGUGUUCUGUGCUGUUGCUCUCCCCUUCCUCUUCCCCAUAGCCUCCCUGUUGGGUGCUGUUUUCCAUCGGUCCACACGUCACAACGAGAGUCCUUUUGAUCCACCCUCAAACGGCGUACCGACUUGGAGCUCUCUCUCCCUCCACUUCUCUUUUCCCAAUACCACAAGCAUUUGCGUACGCAACGCACCCACACACACUCACACAACGUCGUUUUGGUUUCCUACUGAUAGCUCGGCGUUAAGCUCAUUUAAUAGUCGGAGCAAAUCCACUUCCCUCCCUCUUCUUUUCAAAACAAAGCCAAAGAGAAUCCGCGUCAGCCAUGUACGAGUACGGCCAGAGUGGGAUGGACACCGCACUCUCACAGUUCCCGCCUCUGCAAACCCCGUCCACCAGCCCGGGCGACGAAAGAGGCGAGUUAAACUCCGGCACGAUGCAUCUGGGCCGCCGCCGGUCCAGCGUGCGCCUCAUCCCAACCACCGACAUCGACAAGGAGGUCGAUGACCGGCAGUCGCAGAACUUAGCUCACUCGAAGAAUGAGCUGCGACGCCGCAGCAGCGUUCACAUGCGACAGCGCCUGCUGAUGCGGCAGCAGAUGAUGAUGCGGAUGGGGCAGCCACCGCGACGGAUAUCGCUCCAGGGCGACCCGCGUCUCACGCAGGCAGUACCCCCACCUCUACAGCAACUGCAGCCACAGCAGCAAGUUCCCUACGUCCGUCAACCAGUGCGACGUACCUCCAACAGCUCCGCAGACGUGGCGCCGACGCCCCCGCCGCUGCCGCCUCCGCAGCCACAGCCACAGCAACCAAUGACCGCAGCUGAAGGGUGGAAUCCUCGCAAACCGGCGUCGAACCUCAACGGGUCUCCGCCAGCUUCGGCGGUGCAGCAGCGCGGCUCUCAAUAUCAGCCAGCGCAGAAAGGACCACCGCCGCCGCAGCAGCAGCAGCAAGAGUUGCGGGUCCGUCACGAGUCGGAGGCGGUGCCAUCGCAGUCUGCGCGGCGUUCGACUAUGCUGGCAGAAAAGGCGAAGCAGCAGAGUCGCUACCGCCGCCGCUCCGAAACACCAGCGAACGCCUCGCCGCCGGAGGAGGAAAAGGAGAAGAAAGCAACGCCGCCGCCGUCCUUCACGAAGCGCCUCAGCAUGUUUUUUGCUCCGUCGUCGGCGCAUCGGCGGGAGUCAAAGGACGACAAAAACGAGUCGAGCAAGCACUCAAGGAGAAAUCACGGCUCACACGACCAUCGGAGGAACGAUCACACAAAGGACACCAAAAGCAAGAGCAACGACAGGAAGCACCGCCACAAGAGCACGCGCAGCAGCAGCCAUCGCGUGACGAGACUGUCCGCCGUAGAGGAGGCCGCGCCGAAGAACCGGAGUGAAAAGGCGCUUGAGGAGCUCGACAGCGUGCUGGCAAACCGGGAGGAGGCGAUGAAGCGCCCGAGUUUGGUCCAGCGCACGCAGUCUUUUUUUGGCAGCUUUGCGCAUGAGUCCGACCACAGCGGCGACGACGACGAUGUGAAGGUCGAUGAGUGCGACCGGCAAGCCUCCAACUCCUCGCCUUCCUCGUCGGACUCGGGGACGGACUCGUCUUCACCGGACGACAAUCCCCGUCCUAUCAACGACAGUGCAAAUCCAGAGGAGGCAGACACGAAUGGGCUUCACAACGACUCCGCAGCAGCAGCAGCAGCACGCGAGACCACGGAACGAGGAGCGGGGGAGAGGGAGGACAACGGUGCAGGGGCGGAGAGCGACAACAUCACGCCGUCGCCAGGAGUUGAAAGUGCAGACGUCGGUAACGGCAGCGAACAGGGAGAGCGCAACCGCACGGAUACGGAGAACAUCGACAACGACGGCGGCGGCAGCGGCGGCAGCAGUGAUGACAGCAGCUCCUCCAGCGACGAAGCGAAGGAACAUAACGAAGCGAGCGUAUCGGAGAGACCGCUGCUGCCGUCGAAUUCACCGAGCAAUGAAUGCGUCGCCUCCUCGUACUUCAAGAUCGACACCUCGCAAUCCACCAACGGCGAGUCGCCGUCGGACACGCCCAAUGAUCUGCCUGUGAAUGUGAGGCAACAGCAGUUGGCGGCAGCAAACCAAGCGCGGGCCGCGUCAGUGCCGUUUAUGUCACCGGUCCAGCAUUGCAACGGCGGUGUACCACCAAUUCAAAACGUCAACGACCACCGCCGCCAGACCGUGCCACAGCAAGCCAACUCGACGUUGUCCAUGAACCCGCAGCCGCCACUGCCAGUACCACAACCGCAAAUGCAGAAGGGUGUCAGCAUGCUCUACCCACGAGACGACAUGCGCCAUCAGAACGCCGCUCCUCGCCAAGCCACUGUUCCGGAAGGGCGCAAUCCGGUCCUGCUGCCACCUCCCGGACACAACUCCUUCAGCAUGCCCAACGGCUUCAUGACACCGCCGAACGGUGCGAUGAUGAUGAACCAGCAGCGGAGUUUCAUGGUACCCCCGGGCGUCCCACCACCGAUGAUGACGAUGCGUUACCCAAUGCCACGGCAGGGCUACCCCAUGCCGAUGGCUCAGCAGCAGCAGCAGCGGCAACUGUUUCUUCAGCAACAGCAGUUUGCGAAACAAAACCAGCAAUUUGCUGCGCAUCCGCAGCGGCAGUAG